AUGCCCGACAAGAGCAUCAGCUACUGCCAUUCCAGCCUCACGUUUGAUGAAGACAAACGCCUCGUUGUCAAGGAUUGGGGCUCUCUUGAGGGGACGGAGGUCACAUACAAUGGUGAAGGACAGGGCAAGCGAAGGAAAUUCCAAUGGAUCGUUAGCGGUCAUGGCGUUAUCGAGGAGAAGGACAGCAUUAUCAUCAACGUAAACCCGUUCAUGUCGUUCCAGAUCGUCGUCGCCAAACAUGACAUAUCGUCUCAGGCAUACAUUGAUAAGGUUGACUGGUUCUGUCAGGGCACAGCAACUACCGAAGACCUUUUGGGCGAUCUCAACUUUCCAGACCGUGGAACCGAGCGGCCUACUGGAACCCACACCCCUGACACAGGAGCAAUCCAUCUAAGGAAGAGGCUUGGCGAAGGGAGUUUCGGCGUGGUCACUCAUUUCUGGAACGUUAGUGAUGGGAGCGAGUAUGCCCUGAAGGAGCCUUCCGCGAAGGCUAUUCGAAAGCGAAAGGUCAAUGUUGAUGCGUGGGCGAGGGAGGCUCGCAUCAUGGGUCAGAUUUCGCAUGACAAUGUUGUGAAACUCCUCAAUUACUUCUCGACACCACAUCCCCAACUACUUCUGGAAUAUAUGCCAUGUGGGUCUUUGGAGGACCAGGAGAACAUAUCGGCUGACGAGUGUCUGUCGAUUCGCUGGCAAGGCUUAUGUGCCUUGACAUACCUGCACAGCCACGAGCCGCCAAUAGUGCAUCGCGAUAUCAAGCCGGACAAUAUUCUCGUCCAGCACCGAUUCCCAGGCGACAUCUUUGUCAAGUUUGGGGACUUUGGGCUGCCACGGGACAGUUGCGACUUGUCGACCGUCUGCGGCUCCCAACACUACCUUGCGCCCGAGAUUUACUGCAGAUGGCAGUAUAUCAACUCUGGCGGCAAAGAGAGAACAAGCUAUACUCCGGCUGUUGAUGUCUGGUCUCUCGGCGUGAAGGUCGUUAAGAGAUUCAAAGAGGACUGCAAGCAACGGCCCGACAGGCUGAGACGAUUCCUGUUGGACGCCAUGGUGGUUAUAUCGUCGGACUUGCGGUGCUCGGCCCAGGUCUGCUCUGACCAAGUCGCACUCCCGACCAGUGCAGCUGAGGAUGGCUGUCAGACGCCGACGCCGGCUUCGUACGCCUACGGCGAGGAGCAGACGUCCCGGUACAAUCCGGAGGACCGAGUUGCCGAGAACCAAGAGACCGUGCUCUGGCAGCAGGCCAGCCCUUCUAUCAGACGCACCAACCCCCAAGUCACGUCCAUCGGCCUCGAAGGCGACUCGAAAGAGGGCAGCGGCUAUAAAGACAUCAUCAUCGUCGUCGUCGUCGUCGGCAAGACGACAAACCAAGCGCCGAGAAAGUCGUAG